GGAGCAGCCGAAUGCCGUUGCUGCCGGUUCUGCUGCUACUGCCGCUGCUCCGAGCGACCAACAACAGCAGCAGCAGCAGCAGCAACCGUCGCAGGUGCAACCGCAAUCACAGCCCAAGAAUCCUGCAGAGGCCGUCGACAGGAAGAAAAGGAUGAAAGGGGAGUAUAUGUGCACGGAUUGCGGGACGUCGGAUUCACCCGAGUGGAGGAAAGGCCCAGAAGGGCCAAAGACCCUGUGUAACGCUUGUGGAUGUGAGUUCUCCCCUUCCUUGAUCAUCUGACUAUAUAAAUUCUGUAUCAGUAUUAACAGUGAAAUGUGAACAGUACGUUGGGCCAAGAAAGAGAAAAAACGCCAGGAUUUAGGGCCGUAGUGAGGGAAAACGCAAAGAAAAGAAAAGAAAGGGUGGGGCUUGCAUUUGUAUGAAUUGUCAUUUACUAUCUACUGCUUUGCUGCUGUUGCAUUUGCCAGAAGGGGCCAAUUUAGCCCUGCGAGGAUACCCCUGCUUAUGUACCUUUGUGCAUCGUGCUUUUUUUUGUUCUCCUCGGUGGCCCGCGAGGGGUCAGAACAUUUUCUUAGCGGCUGCGCUGUCACAGCAUUUGCACUUCUUGGCCUACUACUAUCACAUUAUGCCCCUUAUCCUCUGAAGUGAACAGAUAUCAUGACUUUAUGCCCGAUUUACUUGAACUAUACUUUUCUCAGAUUGCAACUUUAACACCGAAUGAAACUAAAAUGAACUCCACAUGAUUCCAGUACGCAAGAUGGUAUGUAACCCAAAGCUGGAGGGUGUAGGUGCAGGGAUGGUGGGGGAGGAUCUGGUACUUGACAGGGUAGAGAGAUACGUAGAGAUAUAUAACAAAGCGUCGGCGAAACACCAUGUUUAGGGAAGACUAAAGUAGCCUUUCAGAUAAGGCUACCUAGAACCAACCCUACGCUAGUCCGUUUAGAUGAACAUAUAGU